UGGAACAUUCUUUCCCCUCAGGUGAACAAUCAGAAUAAUGUUCUACAUAAACCUGUUGGAGAACCUGAAGGUUUAUAUCAGCAGCCGCCCGCCGCUCGUGGUCUUUAUGAUCAGCGUGAGCGCCAUGGCCAUCGCCUUCCUGACACUGGGCUACUUCUUCAAAAUCAAGGAGAUCAAAUCACCAGAAAUGACAGAGGACUGGAAUACUUUCCUCCUGAGGUUUAAUGAUUUGGACUUCUGUAUAUCUGAGAAUGAAACCUUAAAGCACCUCCUCAACGACACCACAACUCCAGAGAGCACCGUGACCAGUGGGCAGGCCAGGUCUUCCACACAGUCCCCACAGACCCUCGAGGACUCUGGUCCCAUCAACAUCUCCGUCACCAUCACGCUGACCCUGGACCCUCUCAGACCUUUUGGGGGAUACUCUCGCAAUGUCACGCACCUCAGCUCCACAAUUUUUGGGCACCAGAUUGGACUUUCAGGCAGAGAAUCCCACGAGGAAAUAAACAUCACCUUCACGCUGCCAGCUGCCUGGAACUCCGAUGACUGCGUCCUGCACGGCCACUGCGAGCAGGUUGUGUUCACCACCUGCAUGACUGUGACAGCAGCCAGCAACGUGUUCCCAGUCACAGUUCAGCCACCACAUUGUGUUCCUGAAACCUACAGCAAUGCCACUCUGUGGUACAAGAUCUUCACCACGGCCAGGGACUCGAACACAAAAUAUGCCCAGGAUUACAACCCCUUCUGGUGUUACAAGGGAGCAAUUGGGAAAGUCUACCACGCUUUAAAUCCCAAACUAACUGUUAUCGUUCCAGAUGAUGAUCGCUCUCUAAUAAACCUGCACCUCAUGCACACCAGUUACUUCCUCUUCGUGAUGGUGAUCACCAUGUUCUGCUAUGCAGUCAUUAAAGGCAGACCAAGCAAACUGAGGCAAAGCAACACAGAAUUCUGCUCUGAAAAGGUUGCUUUGUCAGAAGCAUAAAAACCCCCCUCUCCUCCUCCCGAGAACGACCGAAACCAUUGCCUGCUGAACCCAGCCUGGGUCUUAACACUCUGUGAAUCCAUUACCUUGCAAUGUUGGUUUAUUCCAACCAAAGACAUUUCAAAGUGCCUGUAAUUGAUUUGUACAUAUUUAUAAAAGCAGAAUAUCCAGAGGAAUUCCGAGGAGAUGCGCUUGUCCCGCGGCGUGGCCGGACUCCUCCGGCCCUUCCCUGGGGACAGCCCCGUGUUGGUGUAGAUAACUCCAGUGAAAAGGCUCCACAGAGGCAGAGAUUUUUGUCCAGCUGCACCUGGGCAGGUGAAGAUGCCUUUGCAAGUGUCUCAAACCAACCAAGAGAUGUUUGGUUUUUUGCCCAAUCUGUACAGUGUGUUUGAACCAAGUAUGCACCUUUGAUAUAAUCCUGCAUUUCCAAAGCCACCAAUCUACAACAUUAAUUCAA